UUAAUAUGGCUUUUCCACAUCUUUUCAAAAAAUUUUUAUUUUUGAUAUUUAUUGGUUGCAUAGGUUUCUUUAGCAUUUCACACUUUCAAUUGGAUGAUAAUAACAAUUCUAAAUUGGUAAGUGAUUAUCACGUAAGUUCGUUACUAAAUUUGACAAAUUUUAAGUAUUUAUUGAAAACGGAACAAUGCCGCAAAUACAAAAGGCCAUUGCUCGGAAUUUUUGUGGUGAUUUCUCCUGUGCAACACCAUGAAAUUCGUAUGGCACAUCGAUAUGCUUUGCCUCAAUGCCGACUUGGGGAAUUGGGUUUUCAGCGCAUAUUUUUAAUUGGGGAUAUUCCACCAACACAAGAAUCGAUAAAUCAACCAAUGUUAGUUCAUGAACAAAGUCGUUUCGGUGAUUUAUUGCAGGGAAACUUCUUCGAUGUAAACCGCAAUUCGAGUUACAAACACAUAAUGGGCUUACGUUGGGCAAGUCAUGAAUGCAGAAUGGCUAAAUUUAUAAUAAAAGUUAAUGAUAAUGUCAUUUACGAUAUUUACUUUGUACAAAACUAUUUGAAUGCAUUAUUAGAAAAUGAAUUUAGUCUAGCCACAUCAAAUCAAUUUCUGUCCGGUUUAGUAAUAGUUGCCAACAAGCCGUUACGAGAUCCGAAGGUGGAAUGGUAUGCUAAACCAGAAGAAUUUACCGCAGACAUCUAUCCAUAUUAUCUUUCGGGUGGUUUCUAUGUAACUAAUCCCUUGACAGCAGCCCGUUUAGCACAUGAAGCUGCAAAAGCCUCAUAUUUUUGGAUAGAUAACGUUUGGGUUACUGGAAUUAUACGACAUAGACUAGAAAUAUUAGUACAAGGACUAUUUGCAUGGGCUUAUAAUUCGGAUGUUUUUCUUGACUGUUGUGACACCAAAUUAGUUAAACAUGGAUAUAAUUGCUACUCAAAAUUAGGUAUGUUCAAUAUAAAUAAAUUUGAUACUCUAGUCAAUUUUCAAAGUGCCUUGGAAAUGUGUUAUAAUUAUGACAUUUAACUAUAAAAUUUAGAUAGAUAAAUAUAGAUAUAGAUAACUAUAUAUU